AUGCACCUGAGGGCGGCACGCACCGUCAGCAGCCCGAGCUACCUGUUGGGCUGCAUCAGGGUUUCCGUCCCGAGGGAGCUUCCCCAGCCUCAGCCUUGCUCAGAGUGCUGGCGACACCGACGGGACACACGGAGGGUCCUCUGCGGUACUAAAGCCCCCUCACGUAGGUCAGGCAUCGUCAGCACACGGGGAGCGCCCUGCCAGGACCAGGACCGGCACCAAAUUCGGCGGUUUCACCGCUCGCUCGCUCGCUCCGCAGCCAGCUGGCCGCUGGGGCCGCUGGGCCGCACAGACCAAGGGAGAGCCCACCGCAUAGCGGGAAGGAUCACAAAGUGCAAGGACCGCUCGGCAAGACUGGGGCUGGGGGUCCAUUACCUUCUAAGUAACGGACUCUCGGGGCGCCGCCAUGGCUGCGAUUCCCUGGGGCACGCGCUCUCCUCGCGCCUGCGCAUCACCUGGGUUGGACGCCCGCAACGGAUGCUGGGAGACGUUGGAGGGCAACUUGAGCAGGGCGGGAACCCGGCGCGCCCCGAGGGCGUGCGCAUGCCAUCUCCAGGGCUGGGAUCAGCCAUGAUCCCGCACCCAGGCACCUCCACGUCUCUCGUCAUGCUGCUGCCCUUUCCCCAACCAACUCACGGCCCUGCACCCCAGCCACCCUGGGGACAGCCCCCUCCGCCCCUCCUGAAUGUGGCAUUCCCUCCAGGCAGUCGCCUUGUGCUGCCUGCUGCUAUCCCCAGGAUGCCCACAGUGGCUGGAGAUGGUGGCUGUGGCCCAAAUGGGGCUGGGAAUGUCCAGCUAUUCCUCCAGUUGAGGACAGGAGGGCAGCCAGUGGAGCCCCUCCACUCUCAGACCUUGGUCUACAACCAAACCCAGAUCAGCCUGAAUGCCCCAGAGGGGUUCUGUGGGGCAGGGCAGCACCCUGCUCCCAUAGCAGUGCCUGUGUCUUCCCUGCAGGCAACAGUGCCUGCACCUACCAUGGUGGGAACCCAGGCCAGUCAGGGGGGCUGGCCUCCAGGCCGCCCUCCUCCAGCUCCACCACCAGCUGCCCAGCUGGCCCCGAUGGUCUUCCCAGUAAACAACGGGCCACCAUCACAAGGGGCUGACAGGGAGCACAUCCUGCCUACUCCCAAGGCCCAAGCCUCACCAGACGACCCCUGCAACUCCACCAGCGUCUACGAGAACUUCCGGCGCUGGCAGCACUUCAAGGCCCUGGCCCGGAGGCUCCUUCCCCAGAGCCCUGACACAGAAGCUCUGUCCUGCUUCCUCAUCCCUGUGCUGCGGACCCUGGCCCAGAGGAGGCCCACCAUGCCACUGGAGGAGGGCCUGCAGUUUGCCUUGCGUGAAUGGCAGCACAAGAGCAACUUUGACCGGAUGAUCUUCUACGAGAUGGCAGAAAAGUUCAUGGAGUUUGAGGAAGAGGAGGAGAUGCAGAUUCAGAAGCUGGGGUGGAUGAAGGGGAAACCUUGCCAGCCCCCACCGGUCUCACCAGCACUGCUUCCUCAAGGGCCCCCAGCCCCUGUGGCUGUCCAGCAGCCAGGGUGUGCCCCCAGGAAGGCCAGCUCCAAGGCCCUGCCUGCCUGUCCAGUGCCACCCAGACACCAGGGGCCUCAGGACAAGACACCCAAGGAGAUCCCGCCAGAGGCCGUGAAGGAGUACAUGGAAAUCAUGGACGCGUUGCUGGGGCCAACACCCUUGUCCUGGGAGCCUCCCGAUGGCCACCCAGAAGAGGACAGAGAUGAAGGUUUCCUGGAGAAUGAGGGGUCAUACCCUGACCCGGAAAUGCUGUCCUACAUUGACAGUCUAUGCUCCCAGGUGGAUUUUGUCACCAAGGUGGAGGCCAUCAUUCACCCCAGAUUCCUGGAAGAACUGCUUUCCCCAGAUCCACAGCUGGACCUCACAGCCCUAUCCAAGGAGCUGGAGAAGGAGGAAGGGCUGACUGCUGGCCAGGUAAAGGACAGAAGGUGCAAUUCUGAAUCUGGACCCCAACAAAGUGCGGAGAGUGACAACCAGGGCCCCCGCCUUGGGGCCAGAGCUCAGUGCUUCUCCCGGUCGAUGCCUUCCCAAGACCUGCAGAGACAUGCAGUCCCAGACACCCCCCUGUGCAGGCCUGAGGUUAAUGCUGUCUUCAGUGGACAUCGGGCGUGUCCCUCACUGGGGGCCACCAAAGAUGCUGAGAGUUUCAGAGGAGGACCCUCUGUUGGGGGCCCGCAUGCACCAUUGGACAUCUCCAGUGAGAACGAGGAGGAACUUCCCAGUCUCUCCUUCCUCCUGGCCUCCCAGCACCACCUGCUGCCCUUGGGCUUUGCACGCAGCGAGGCCUCUGCCGAAGACCUGCCCUGCCUUGGAGCUGGGAAUCCUUGCAGAGCACCAAAACCCCUGUCUACCCAUGGAAGGGACCCUAGGGGUCCCCUCCCACAUGCUGCAAAGUCCAGGAAGCAAGCUCUCCAGGGAGGCCCGGGCCCUGUAAAAAAGAAGCCCUGCCCAGGGCCUCACCUCAGGGCUUCUGGAGGGCAGGCCCAGGCUCUGGGCUCUGUGGGAAACUCCCAGGCUCAGAAGAGGAAACGUGACCACUUUGACACCAGGAGGAGGAAGAAGCAUCAUUCAGCCCACUAG